AUGGCAUACCUCGCACCCUACGCCGCCGACCACGAGGAUACCAACGGCCCCGGCGACGCCCGACCUAGCGCACUCAAAAUCGUGCGCGAUGAAAAGCUAGACGGUGCUCUUGCUGGGAAAGUGUUUUUUAUUAGCGGCGGCACAAACGGUAUUGGUGUCGAGACGGCGCGCGCAGUCCACGUUACGGGCGCAGAUGUCUAUGUCACGGGGCAGAACCGCGAGAGAGGGGAGGAGACGGUGAAGGCGAUUACCGUUGAUGGGAAGCCUGGUAAAGUUGUGUAUUUGGAGAUGUCUCUUGAUUCUUUGCAGAGCGUGCGAGACGUUGCAAAGAAGUUUUUGGAGUUGACGGGGGGGAAGUUGAAUGUGUUGAUUACGAAUGCUGGAAUCCGGGGCUGGCCUCAAGGCAAAACAAAAGACGGUUUCGAGCAUCAUUUCGGAGUUAACCAUCUUGGUCAUUUCGCUCUAUUCCACGAGCUCAAGGACGCGCUGAUCGCAUCCUCUACACCCGAGUACAACUCAAGGGCCGUAAUCCUAUCCGCACAGGGCCACCGACAAACCCAAAUCCGGUUUGAGGAUUACCACUUCGACAACCGACCCGAAGAGUACGACGGUAUUCUCGCAUACGGACACUCCAAGCUAGCCAAUAUCUACAUGGCGACUGAGAUCGAGCGCCGGUUUGCGGCACAGGGACUUCAUGCAACUGCCGUAAACCCCGGACUUAUCAUGGGAACAGGGUUAAACUCCAAAGUGCCACCGGAGCACCUUGCUGUUGUGUGGACGAUGCCUGAGAUUAGAAAGGCGCUCAAAUCCGCGGCGCAGGGUGCAGCGACUACAGUUUGGGCAGCGACGGCAAAGGCGUGGGAAGGUGUUGGUGGGAAAAUUUUGGAGAAUGUGCAGGAGAGUCAGCCGUUUGAUGAGGCCAAGGGGCAGGGUAGUCUGGGAUAUGCAAAGCAUGCCUACGAUGAGGAUGCGGCGAAGAGGCUGUGGGAGGAGAGCUUGAAGAUGGUCGGACUGGAGUAG